AUGAAUCGAGAUCCUCGUUGGUAUCCCGGACCCGACGAUUUCAUCGAGAUCGACAUUAACGGCGAUCCGGUUCGUCCCUUGGUCUCGACGGCACCUCUGACCGGAGACCAAGACGUUGCCUCGUUGGACAAGGCUAAGCUAGUCAAGCAACGCCGUAUCGAAGAGAAUGCCAACAACAAAGAGCACGUGGUAUCUGGAGAGAGUGCCAAGAACGAGGCUAGGCCAGUCAAGCAACGCCGUAUCGAAGAGAAUGCCAACAACAAAGAGCACGUGGCAUCCGAAGAGAGUGCCAAGAAGAAAAAGCAUGUAGCUUUUGAAGAGAGUGCCAAGGACGGAGAGCAUGAAGACGUUGAAGAGAGCCAGCUUACCGAUCUCACUCUGGAUGGUCUCGUCCUAGACGAGCCCGAUCAGAGUUCGCUGAGCGAUGCUGCUCUAAACCAGGAGCAGCAGCAGCAGCCGUCGACCCCGGUUCCUCGUGCUCGGGCGAGCAGGGCGGGCAUUCGACGAUCCAAGAAGACAUGCACAGUGGAAGGCUGCGACAAAGACGGCUCUGAGCGCCACAUGGCGACUCAUACCAUGGAGUGUAGAGUUGCCGGUUGUGCCAAGAGGGGCGAACCCUUUGAAAGCAGCCGCAAGCUUGGCGAACACCUCGUCAAGGAACACAAUCAAGGCGAUACGGAGAUUUGCCACUGGCCCCAGUGUUCGAAUGCUGGAAGUCGUACUUCCAGCAACCAUGUUCUUCAUUUGCGGUUGCAUAACCACAGGCUUCCCGCAGAGGUUCCUCAAGAAUCUAAUGCCGGGGACACCUCUCAGGCAUCUCACACCGGCGAGGACAACCCUCAGAAGGUUGACUCUCAGAAUGUUGACUCUCAGAAUGUUGACUCUCAGAAUGUUGACUCUCAGAAUGUUCACUCUCAGGAGACGGACUCUCAGGAGGCGGACUCUAAUGACCCUCAAGUCAAUGAUGAAGAUCCCAUGGAUACUGAUUCUCCCGAUGCCGAAAUCGUCGUUGACAACGACAGAGCCUCCGACUCGGACUAUGACCAAAAGAGAAACGAGAGCCAGAGCGAGGACGAUGAGGAUAUGGUGGACAUCUGA